CAUCUCCAGGGUCUCCAAUCCAGUCCUUGCAGACAUCAGCAGAGCCAGAUCACCAGAUCACCAUGAGUAAGAUCAUUGUUUACGAGCAUCCUGAUUUCAAGGGGCUUCACAGAGAAUUUACUGAUAGUGUACCCAACCUGUUACUGGAGAACUUCAAUGACUGCAUAUCGUCUUUAAAGGUAAUAGGACAGCCCUGGGUCAGUUACGAACACCCUAAUUUCACCGGAUGGGUUCAGGUGUUUGAAGAAGGCAACUAUUCAUGGAUCGAUUGCCAAGAUUCAAUUUCAGCCCUCAGGUUAAUCACCGAGGACCUGGAGCACCCAGAGAUCACUCUUUAUGAGCAUCCAAACUAUGCAGGCAGAAGCAGAGUGUUCAAAGAAGAAGCUGAUCUUACUAAAGGGGACUUUAAUGACAUUGCCUCUUCUCACAUAGUUCAUCGAGGGGCCUGGGCACUGUAUGAGCAUCCGAAUCGAAGAGGCUGGUUUUGGCUGGCCAGGGCAGGAGAAAGAGCUCCAGAUUAUGGAACUCGUGGGUUCCAUGACAAAGUGUCGCACGUCUAUCCCCUGAAAGCAGGCGCACCUGUGAUAAAAGCUGUACUGCAGUGGGGCAAACUGAAGACGGGAAAUACAUCUGUCAAAAAGAUCGAUCAGCUUAUUGGCGUGAAUAGAACCGAUUUUGAGAAAACCUACACCACCACCUUAACCAAAGAGUAUGAAACCAGUACCACAGAGACAUUCACAUUCAAAAAUGAGACUAGCAUUUCUGUAGGGGCUAAGUUUUCAUUAAAUGUAAAUGCUGGCAUAGCGUCAGCAGGUGUUGAAUCAUCAUUUAAUGUUUCAAAUACAUUUACUGUUGAGAAAGGGAAAACUGAGUCUGUUACUAAUAGGCACAAAAUUGAAGUGAAUUUGCCAUGCACUAUCCCCCCACAUACAAAGCAAAUAACAUACAUAAUGGAAAAGAUAGAAUCGUUCACUGUUCCUGUAGAAUUAACAAUCACUAGGGGAAGUACAACUAAAAUUGAAUAUGGGGAGUACCGCUGUGAAGGUGGUACUUCCAUCGAUUAUGAAUUUGCAUUAGAGAAACUGCCUAAAAUCUCUUAAAGCUGACAGACAUCCCUAGAGCUAUUGGCAUCUUUAUUAGCAAACGAUCGUUAUUCAUUGCAACACUUUAACAGGCACAGUAGCCUAGCUUGCAAAAGGUUACAAACACAUAGAUAUAUGCAUUAAAUUAAACUUUUAGUCCUGAGCUGAUUUAAAGUUAAACAGGCAAACGGCUGUUUCAUUAGAUUAAUUCUGAUUUGCAGGGGGUGUUUUAUCAACAUUUAAAACACUGCAGGCAGACCUGACACUUUAUCUUUAAAAUAUGUUACCUUAUCUAUCUUUUGGUAGUGCACCUAUAAUGAGCUUUAAUGUUUUUGUCAGAUGUCAGUUUACAUUUUAAAAUCACCAUUAUCAGGUUUGGUGUAAAACAAGAAUUUGGAUAUGAUUAGCUAAGUCUUUUUUAUUCCUGAUAAAAUAUUCGUAAAUCAUUUAAGAUGUGUAAUCUAAUUUGCAUAUUUGUUAAUAUUUCCUUUAGUUUUAAUAACUGAAGUGAUAUCAGCGUGCAAAAAUCUUUCUGCAGAACUGCUAUGGGUAGACUUUUACUUUUAUUAAUAGUGCAACAGUAUCAGAAAAUGAAACAAUGUCGCCCAUUUAGGGUAACUGGUGCACAUGCUGCAACAGCUGCUACUGUAUAUUCAUGUAUUUUUACAUUUUACAUGUCUGCUCUCACUGUUACCCAACAUCCUAGAUUAAAAGUGUUCUUGGAAUCUGCUUCUGUCCUGUGAGCCAGUAUAUUUUUUAUAUGCAAUAAAUCUAAUGAUAACUUGAGGGAGGGGAGAUCAUUUGAUCUGCAAUCAUUAUUAACUUAAUGGGUUGGUUAUCUAAAACAGAGAAUAUUAUGCAUUUUGGGGCAUAAUUCAUUAGUUUGACUUUCAGUAAUUUUCACUUUUUUUGAAAUGUCUGUUUUGAUGUUAUUUUACAAUCGGCAAUGUGAUUACAAAUUACUGCUCCAACCUAAUGGCUUGAUUACUAAUAAAAUUAACUCUGAAUUACAACUA